GUGUUGUUUGUGUUUUGCUCCCAUGGAGGUGGGACAGAGCUGUUGAGUCAUUUUCUGAGCCUCACAGUCCAAACUACACUCUGCACGCGAAGGUCAGAGGUGAGGUUUCCUCUGUUAGCUUGACUGUGUCGGGUAAACUCUACCAUCCUUCCUCCGUCUGUUUUCUCGACUUUCUCUGAGCCAUGGGCCUGAGUUUAAUCCCUAGAAGACUUCUGUUUUUCCUUGGGACAUUUGGGAUUUGUUCAGGAUUUGUACAAGAGAACUGCAUCAAUUACGAGCUCCAAUUUGAGAGGGUUUAUUCCAUCCCUGGGGAUGUAGCUAUGCUGAACAGCACCCUCGUGUCUCCAGAUGUCUUCAACUUUACAACUGUGCCUUACAACAUCACCUGGUAUGACUCAAAGACAGGCCACGAAAUUAACAACCAGACCGGUCGAAUCCUGGUGCAAGAAAUGACUCUGUGGUUUCUCCAAACAACACUGGAUGACAACGGUGAAUAUGUCACCAUACUGAGGACUCCCUCUCGGUGCUUCAUGCAGACCACCAAACUAAUAGUGGAUCUACCAGUUGAUGGAGAAUGUGGGAGUCCACGGAAAGUUUAUCAAGCACUAACAAAGGGAUUCACUGACAAGGUGUCCUGCCCUCUGGAGGACCAAAUCAAGAAACUUGAGAGCUACAAUAUCACCCCUUCUCUCAAGUGGUACAAAGGCUGUGAGCCCAUAGAGGAUGAGACAGACAGAUAUACUUACUGGGAUAAGACCAAGCUAAGAAUUGACCAGGUGCAUUCUGAAGACAACGGCCUCUAUACCUGUACUCUGACCUUUACUCUUGGUGGGGUGAGAGGAUCAAUGUCAGAGACUAUCAACGCAUGGGUCAAAGCGGAGUACACUUUGACUCCACAAGUGCAUGAACCUGCCAAUGAAAUAAUCAAGACAGAGAUUGGCUCCAAUUUUACCAAACGCUGCCUGGUUUUUGUGCCCUGUGUUGGGAUACCCAUUGUUGAUAUCAUGUGGUUGGUGGAAGAUGAUUUCAUCUUCAGCACUGACCCUACAGACCGCAUCUACAUAUCAGAAACACGUGUGUGGAGCCAGGAUGAACCUGUGAAAGGUUUUUGGUUCGAAAAGCUGCUGAUGUUUUCAGAGCUGAAGGAGAAAGAUUUCAAUGUCAGCUACACAUGUCGAGUGUACAGUAACAGAGCCCACCAUGAAGGAUACUUCAUUCUGCAACCAGCAGAUCCUGACAUUUUACUACCUAUUGGAUUGACGCUUUGUGGAGUGACGGUCAUCUUUGUUAGCAGUGUCAUCAUCUUCUAUAUUUUUAAGGCUGACAUUGUGCUGUGGUUCAGAAGAGCAUUUCCAGUCUUCCAUCCAAACAAAGAUGACACCAUGGAAUCCUGUCAAAAGGUUGUGGCCGAUGUGGAGGAUCAUCUACAUGAAGGAGCACAAUAUCCACCAGAAGAUCCUGUGCUCUCACGUAUAGUGCAUUACAUCUCCAAGAAGAAAAUGCCUGCAGAUCUUCCUCCCAGUGUUGUCAGUUCCAAAAGUGACUUUCCAAGGCACUUAAUACCACAUGAGACCAUCUGCACUGAAUGCUCAGGCCAGACAGUACUCAGUGAACCACAGUUCAUCACUGCAACAGCAAGAAUUAUGACUGUGACUGACGUAACAGAGAGUAUGUAUUUUUUUCACUCCAAUUACUUGUGUUGUAGACUAGCUGCUAAAGAUCUGUUGCUACUAUUAUUUGCAAUGAUUCAAACCCCAUUGCAUCUUUGCAUUUUUGUUGUCAGUUGUUGCUUACAUGUCCCUCUGUGAUGACAGACACUGCAUAACUAGAUACCCAAUUGUAAAUGAGUAAUUUAUUUUUAUUCAUGAACUUGUCUUUUGAUUUAACAAAAGAAUGCUUAACACAUCAAUUUGUUAUAGUUUUUUAUUAGGAACAUCAAGGUAUUGCAAGCAUUGCUAUACUUAUGGCAUGAUCUUCAGCUAUCAGGAGUGGGGCGAGGGAAUACACAACUUGGAUGAUCACAUCUUGUGUCACUGAAUCUUUGUGUUUUCCUGCGAAACUGUCUCCAGACCCACCAGUCCAGUGGAAGUGCUGUAGAAGUGUUGGAGAAGACGUGUGGCAAAUCAUUCCCUUCUAAACAAAGGCUUUUGAAUACAUACCUCCAUUAUGAAGCCAUGACCGAUCAUUCUUAGCCUUUUCCUGUGUGACAUGUGGCUGACAUCCUGUCACAGUUGUUAUGGAUCUCCAUCAGAAAGGUGUUUUCAGUGUGCCAGUAAGCAGCAUUGAGGAACCCCCCAACAAUUAUGAGGGCAAGGUAAAUGCUGAGGAGUUCUGGGAGUCAGUGUCACUGGAAAUGGUCAGUUGUGGAUUGGUGCCAAGUAAGCUUACCAUUGAAAGUUCUAUUACUCUUUCUUUAUUCAUUUUCUUUUUAUUAACUUUAGACACAGAAUAGUUGCUUAGUUGGGUACAUCUGCUUACAAAUAAAUGGAAUAAGAAUAAUUGUGACCACUUUAAUCAACUGAAAACAAGUUUUGAGUCAAUAUGAAGAUGUUCUUUUCUUGCAGGAAUGUAUGUGUGUUAGUUUCAAGGUUCAUUUUCUAAGCCUUCUCAAGAUACAUGGGGUUGAUGGUUCAUAGACUCAUCUUUGGUCUCUGUUGUCUUGUGUUAUGCAAUGUAAUUGACUGCUGCUCCACCACAUCACAGCCAUCUUUGGACAGUCUGACAAUUUACCUCCGCGUCAAAGGGCAUGGGUCUUGUUUGUUGCACAGUAUGUAAACUCUGUCAUUCUGACAAUAAAUUGAAGACAACUAAUCUGAA